AAGAAAACGAAAGUCGAAAAAUCAUUAUUUUUUAGACGAUCCAAAAGCAUAUUAUCGUUCACGAAAUACAAUGACCAUUAUAACCUCGCCAAACUGGUAACAGUCUACCGGAACGACUCUCUGAUCACUCCACCGUCCAACACACAGAAGACAAAACUUCUACUUUCAAUCGCCUUUAAAAUUCGUCACGGUAAAGUUUUUUCCGGAAAAUCUUCACACGAUUCCCGAGAAAAUACCCAAAACCAACCACACGGCUCGCUCGAUCAAGCCAUCUAUCUGCACGGUGUUCAUCGGCUGAGACCCCGAGUGACGUUCCUCCGGCUAAGAGACGCUCGGUCCUUGCUGGUACUGUACAUUUGCAGUUUUUUUCAUAUUGUCAGAAUUUCUCAUUCGAUUAAUCAGUUCCAGUUUUUGGAUUGUUAUUCAAAAGCAUCUGUAGGGGGUUUUAGAGAAAAGUUGAAUUAUUUACAAGUUUCCAUGGUGGGUUUGGUUGGAUAUGGUGUAAUUAGAUUAAUUUGUAUGCAAAGAUAAGAUAUCAUGUUGCAGAAAACUGAGAGUAAGGAAGAUUACAGUGGUGGGAAUUCCAGCAAUGGUGAGUUGUUGCGUGACAUUGAAGAACUAAGCAAAGCCCUUUACUUUCAUAAACCCCCACCGAAAGUUUUGCUUUCCUCUUCUGAUGGAAGAUCCAAAUCUGCUGGGAAAAUCCCUUUUUCGGAUUCGAACCCGAGAUUUGUUAGGGAAGAUUUUUUGCACAAGGACAAGAAAUCGUCUUCGGUGUGGAAUUGGAAGAAGCCCUUGAAGGCUCUCAGUCAUAUCGGGAAUCGGAAAUUUAGUUGUUGUUUUUACCUUCAUGUGCGUUCUGUUGAAGGGUUGCCUCUGAGUUUUAAUAAUCUUAGUGUAUGUGUGCAUUGGAAGAGGAAGGGUGAGGUGCUGCAGACUCUGUCUUCGAAGGUUGUGGAAGGCGUAGCUGAGUUUGAUGAAACCUUGAUGCAUAGGUGUUCUGUGUAUGGAAGUAGAAAUGGCCCGAACCAUUCGGUUAAGUAUGAGGAGAAGCUAUCGUUGAUCUACGUUUCUUUGAGUGGGGCGCCAGGGCCUGACAUCGGGAAACACUGGGUUGAUCUUACGAGGCUGUUACCACUUACUUUUGAGGAGUUGGAGGGGGAAAAAAGUGGUAAAUGGACAACAAGCUUUAACCUUUCAGGCAAGGCUAGAGGUGCUAAUCUAAAUGUUAGUUUGGGAUUUCUGGUGAUGCAGGAUAAGUUAAUUAAUGUGAGGGCUAAUCCAAAUGUUCCUGAGCUUCUGAACACGGGGCCAAGGAGGUCAAGUUCGUUGGACGGUGGAGCUACAAUGCUUCGCCCAGUUGGGAGUUUGCCACGCAUUGUAACUCCCAAGCCUGCCUUCUCAUCUCAGUCUCUUGAUUUGAAGAUUUUUCGCGAAGUAGUGCUGAAUGGAGGGUUGGAGCUCUCCAAUUCAAUUAAUUUCUUAUGUCAGACACUUGAUGAGACUAGAUUGAGUAGUGUAACAGAGUCAGAUUGUGAACAUGUGCCGCCACUUGAACCUAAAACUGAUAUAGACUUUUUGUUUGCUAAGGGAAUUGAAGAAUACAAGGAUGAUGACGAUACUGAAUAUACCAUUGUAGAAGUCGGGACAGAAAUGUCUGAGAUGGAAGAGUUAAAAUCUGAUCAAGUUCCCGGUCAUGCUAAUGAUGAGUCAGAAGCAGUUGAAAUUAUCAAUGUAGAUGAGAUCAUUAAUGGUUAUGACAUAGACCUCGAGGAGAAGACUAUGGUUAUUCCAAAGGAAGCCCAUGGUAGUUAUGUGGACGAGGUUGUGGUGGAUGACAGCAAACAUGAACAUGAUAGUGUUUGCACCCAGGGAUCGGCCAUGUAUGAGGUGGAGUCUGUAACUCACAUGCUCUUGAUUUCAGAAUCAGCAGAUUUGGAUCGUCCAUUUUCUUCGGGAGAGUUUCUUGAGGAAAGGAACCACAUGGAACUUAAGUUGACGUACAAAUCAAGUAAAACAGGUAAAAAAUCACUUAGUUUGGACGAUGUAACUGAAUCCGUGACAAGUGAUUUCUUAAACAUCCUUGGUAUGAACUGUAGCAUGAGUUCUGAUAGUGAUGCUGAGUCUCCUAGAGAACUUCUUUUAAGAGAGUUUGAAAAAGAGGCACUGGGUUCGGGAAACUUAUUUUUUGAUUUUGAUUGGAAGGAAGAGCAGCCCGAAAUUGGAUCCUCUGUUUCACCAGGUUCUGAUUCUGGAGAUUGCUUUGAGAAUUCUGAUUUGUCAUUGAUUAUUGAAGCCGCUGAAGAAGAGCACAAGAAAGAAAGUGAGCUAUUAAGAAGAAGGAAGGCCAAAAUUCUUGAAGGCUUGGAGACUGAAGCUUUGAUGCGAGAAUGGGGAUUAAAUGAAAAGGACUUUUGGAAUUCUCCUCGCACCUUCUCUGGUGGAUUUGGUAGUCCAAUUGAGAUCCCCCUUGAAGAGCCACUCCUACCUCCACUCGGAGAAGGCUUUGGUCCUUAUGUUAAGUUGAAGGGUGGAGGCAUUUUGCAGUCUAUGAAUCCUUCACUUUUCAGAAAUGCUAAAAACGGUGGGAACUUGGUGAUUCAUGUUUCUAAUCCCGUUGUUAUACCAGCAGUAAUGGGUUUUGAUGCUAUCCAGAUAGUGCAGCAUCUGGCAAUGGUUGGAGAUACGCUGCAUGAGUGUGUGAGUAAACUAAUGCCUUUGGAAGAUAUUACGGGGAAGACAAUACAACAUGUAGCCUGGGAGGCAGCGGCCUCAGCGCCUAACAUAGUGGUGUCUGAGAGGUUUGAGCAGAUUUUAUAUCGUGGGAGGCAGGAUGAAGGAUUUCCUUCUAGUUGGAGUUGUCAUAACCUGAGUUCUGCCGAAUUGGGAUGUAGUGAGGUGGGGUCAGACUACGUAUCUCUAGAGUAUCUUGCCCCUUUGGCAAUGGAAAAAAUUGAAGCUCUUGCAGUGGAAGGGUUAAGAAUCCAGUCCCGCAUGUCAAGUGGGGAGGCACCUUCAAGUAUACAUCCUCAGUCUGGAGGUUUGCAACUAUGUGGUUUUAGAGAUUGUGUUGUUGAUGCUGAGGGAUUAAUUGCUCUGUCUUUACCAUUGGACGAGUGGCUGAGGCUAGAUGCUAAAAUCAUUAGUGAUGAAGAUCACAGCAGAGAGCAAUUGUUGAAAAUCCUUGCUGCCCAUCAUGCCAAGUACACAGAUUUGGUCGAUGGAAAUUUGACACAAGAAACGAACUGCAGUGGUUUAUCUGGUAGGAACUGUGGACUUUUGGGGGACAACCUCACAAUUGCUCUCAUGGUGCAGCUUAGAGAUCCCUUUCGAAACUAUGAACCAGUGGGUAUUCCAAUGAUUGCUCUAAUUCAAGUGGAGAGAGUUUUGGCCAAUUUAAUGCCAGAGGUGUCAAGUGUGCUGUUAAACGAUAGCAAAGAGAACGAACACGAUGAGUCAGUCUUUGACGAGAUUGGGGACAUGAGAAAAGGGGAGACGAAUGAAGGAGAUGAAGGAUGCAAUCCUCAGUUUAAAAUCAUCGAUGUCCAUCUUGCAGGAGUGGAUACUGCGCCUGGAAGCAGGCGGCUUUGGGGUACCACAACCCAACUGCAUUCUGGCUUCCGAUGGUUGCUUGGCGCAGGCAUGGGUAAGACCGCUAGUUUUCCAGUCUCAAACUCGAAAGCCAUUGUAAGAUCAUCCACACCAGUUUCAGCAAAACAUCAGAGGGAUUUUCUAUGGAGCAUUUCCUCUGAUUUUCAAGGUGCAGGAGCUACCUGGAAGGAUUCGAUAGCUCCACAUGUUCGAAACCCGAAUGUUAUAUUUCCGAAUGAAAGCAUCAAACCACACGUAAACCUGUAACAUUUAGAUGUGGUUUCCUAGUACAGAUUCUUUUGUUUGUAGAGUGAGAAUAGAGAUGUUAAGCUACAGGUUUUUAUGUGAAUUAUAGAUUCUGUUGCAUUAUACUUCACACAAAACCGAUUCAUGUGCAUUGAUUUAUUUUUAUACAAACGAUAUUUUACUUUUUAACUAA